CAAUGAUAUGUGUAUAAGUUAUACAGCUUUCCUUCUACCAGGAAAAUAACAUUGUACUUCCGGUUACAUUUUUGUGAAUUUAGAGAAAUCUAAAUGAACUUUUCAAUCUACAAAAAUCCAAGCCAUCGAUAUCUGUAAAAGGAUUAACAGCCACAAAUUUGGUUCUUCGAAUGUCUUUUUUCAUGUUGCUUGAAAUUUGAACACCAUCAUAGAGAAAUGAGCUUCUUUUUUGGAGGAAGAAACAAUAAAACCUUCAAACCAAAGAAGAAUAUACCUGAGGGUAGCCAUCAGUAUGACUUGAUGAAACAUGCUGCUGCCACAUUGGGAAGUGGUAAUCUUAGGCAGGCGGUGGUAUUACCCGAAGGAGAAGAUCUAAAUGAAUGGGUGGCUGUAAACACUGUGGACUUCUUUAACCAGAUAAAUAUGUUAUAUGGUACUAUAACUGAGUUCUGUACAGAAGAGACUUGUCCUGUGAUGUCGGCUGGGCCAAAGUAUGAGUACCACUGGGCUGAUGGUCAGACUGUGAAGAAACCUAUAAAAUGUUCAGCACCAAAGUAUAUAGAUUAUCUCAUGUCAUGGGUACAAGAUCAGUUAGAUGAAGAAUCACUCUUUCCUUCCAAAAUUGGUGUGCCAUUUCCUAAGAAUUUUCUAGCUAUAGCCAAGACAAUAUUAAAAAGACUGUUCAGAGUUUAUGCACAUAUAUAUCAUCAACACUUUAAAGAAGUGGUACAGCUAAGUGAAGAAGCUCAUCUUAACACGUCCUUCAAACAUUUCAUUUUCUUUGUCCAAGAGUUUAACUUGAUUGAGAAGAGAGAGUUAGCUCCCCUACAAGAGCUUAUUGACAAGCUGACAAGCAAGGACAGAUGAAGGUCAUAGUAAAAAGAAAUACCAAAAACUAGUCUUACUGUAUACAAUUUCUGUCAUUUAUAUCUACACAUCUGUUUUAAAGUAGCAUUUCAGUCUUUUGUGUAAAAGUAUGCAAAACAAUGAGUUUCAGAUAGCACAAUCAAAAUAUAAAUAGUUAGUCUUUGAAAGAUUAUUUAUCUUUGGAUAUGAUACAUUCUGUAAGGCAAUUUUGAUUCAUUGAUUUUGAUGUUUUAAUGCAUUUUUACAAAAACCUUGAUUGUAAGAAUAUUUCGCCUCCAUUAUUUUGUAGAUGUAUACAAUUACCAAUACACCUUAUCACUAAUCCCGGCUAACCCGGCCGCUUGAACUUUUGACGCAUACAACAAUCACUUUUCCAUUGUGGCAUCAGAUAUUUUGUUUUAUGACGUCAAAAUUUUACGGGAACCUGUGUGAUAUCCAGUAAUGGCGGACAAAUAGCGAUAAGGUGUAUAUAAGAAGAAAUGCUGUCUUAGAAUUGCAAGCUCUGUCUCUGUUUUGUUAUGUUUUUUCUAUAGAACUGAUCUAAACCUUCAGUUUCAUCAUGUUUUGUUAUAUGUAUUUAAAGUAUAGUGGUUAAAAUAUUUAUAAGAUAUUAUUUAAUUAAAUUGUUUCUAUGA